AUGGCUGAACACUUCAAACAAGUAAUUAGAUGUCCUGUGUGUCUCAAUGAUCUUGAAGAAGCCGUGCAGCUGAAAUGUGGAUACGCCUGCUGCCUGCAGUGUGUCCAUUCACUGCAGAAGGAGCCCCAUGGGGAAGGCGUACUGUGCCCCUUAUGCACUGUGGCGUCUCAGAAGAAAGACAUCAAGCCCAAGUACAAGCUGAGGGCACUGAUUUCCAUCAUCAAGGAACUAGAGCCCAAGCUGAAAUCUAUUCUAACGAUGAACCCAAGGAUGAAGAAGUUUCAAGUGGAUAUGACCUUGGAUGUGGACACAGCCAGCAACUGUCUGACCAUUUCUGAAGACCUGAGGAGCCUCCGAUGUGGGCAUGUCAGACACAACAGGAAAGAGCAGGCGGAAAGGUUCAGCUCCUCACUGUGCGUCCUGGGCACAUCCCGCUUCACCUCCGGCCGCUAUUACUGGGAGGUGGAUGUGGGCACCAGCAAAAUAUGGGAUGUGGGCAUUUGUAAGGAAUCUGUGAAUCGACAGGGGGACGUCGUGCUUUCUUCAGGACUUGGCUUCUGGACCGUGGGCUGCAGGACGGGGCCGAUCUUUGCCGCCAGCACGAUGCCUUUGACUUUUCUCUGGGUGAGUCCCCAGUUGCGCACAGUGGGCAUUUACCUGGAUGUAGGCAUGAGGUCCAUCUCCUUUUAUAAUGUUAGUGAUGGUGGGUGCCAUAUCUACACGUUCAACGACCUUCCUGUUAUCGAGCCUCUGCGUCCAUUUUUUUCUCAUAAACGUGAAACUCAAGAUGAUCAGAGCUUCCUGAGUAUCUGUCCUGGGAUCAAUCCAGACAGUGCCAGUCCCCCAGUUUAUUCUGAGGAAAGGAAAUAA